AGCACUAAUAAAACUCGACGCAUUGCUUUCAAUUCUAAUUCAUUUUGUGUCCAGAUUGCCUUCACCCUAGACAAGCUUUUGUGAUUCCAAGUGACCCAUCGACUAUGAGAUCCUUAUUUGGCAUUCUUGCCAUUGCUGGUAUAGUUAUGUCGGAGGACUUCCAAUGCUACACUUGUGAAAACGAGUCAGGAUUGAUGGUUGAUUGCGGAACUUCCAUGGGAACACUGAAGCAAUGUCCAAACGAGUUCCACUUUUGUCUCACUGUUCAAGCCAAGAAUGCGGGCAAAGAAGAGACCAUCAAAGGUUGUGGUAAAAAGGAGCUGAACGAUUCUGCAUUUGAGGAGUUAAACCCAAAAGUAAAACAAGCAAUCAAAAAGGCAAUUGAGACACCAGCUCUACCUAAAAUUUGGAUCGACGGUUGCUUGGAUAUUACCGAAGGCGAGUCGAAACAGGUUCAAUCGACAGUUUGCUUUUGCUCUACUUCUAAGUGCAAUGCUGAAGGUAGCAAUGGGAAUAGUGCAACUGGUUCUGAAAUAAUGAACUCCCUUGUAGCGUUCGGUGCUCUCAUCCUGCGCCGCUUUGCUUGAAAGAUCGCGAGGAACAAUUGGGAGAAUAAUAAUUUUCAAUUCUCUUACAUGUACUAUUGAAGAAUUGGGACCACUUUUGUCUAAAAGGUCGUUGGUUUUUUCUGGUUUGUCUUACUGGUUUGACAUAUAAUAUCCGAAUAAAAUGUUUGAUGAGUA